AUGGUGGCGACGGCUUCUCCUCCAAAGUCCUUCUAUAUUGGGUGUCGCUAUUAUUACUGCCUCAACAUGGUCCUCAUAGCGAUUUUCACCUUCUUCUCGCUCAUCGCUGUCCAAAUCCACUUCCGUGAGGACCGAACUAAGCCUUUACCUACGUGGUUGGCGGAGCUUGUGAAAACGUCAUCAAAGUGGCUGGGUCUUCAGCCAGGGGUUUUGUGUCUUAGCAACUCUUCUCACACGGAAGAGGUCAACAUCAGCAAGAUAGAAAUGCGUUUGGCCAAAGAGCGACGACGUCGACGUGACUCCUUUGAGACACGUGGGACAUUUGGUCAGACGUCAGGACCCUGUUACUGUCAACAGCAGCAGCGUAUGCUUCAAAUGCAGACGUCGAUGCACUGUCAACAGACUCCCGCGACAGCCACUGUAACGACAACUGCCGGUAAACAACUAGAAACGAGCUUAAAGGAGAUCAAGAGGGCUCUUCGUAAUUUAAUGCAUAAGUUUAACGAGAAGGAUCAGAUCGCUCGUCUGGCCAGUGAUUGGGAGGCAGUGGGAAUGUUGGUGGACAGAUUUUGCUUUUGGGUCUACUUAAUUCUCAUUGUGGUCACAGGUAUGAUCACGUUGAUCCCACCGAUGCCCUACGUCUACGAAAGAGCCCUGAACGACGAGUCACUCAUCCAGCGUUUCAAAGAACUCGCCAAUCAUGUAGAUUCCAUUGACUAUGUGUAA